AUGAGCAGUAAUAUAUUUUUGUACGAUUUCAAUGGAUCGGUGCAGAGGAAUAAACUGCAGGACGCGAUUUUUAGAGAUUUGGCUCAAAAAGACGAAUUCAUGAAGCGACUGGAAGAGGAGCGGAUAGAACGUCAACUUUUGGCAAAAAAGAAAUCAGCGGUCGUAAAAAUCCAGUCUUGGUACCGUGCCAACCGCACGCGUCGGCGGUUCCACGCGUUGCUGCGGCAGAAUUUCGAUGCGGUGGGCAAAGUGGCCACGUUGGACGUGUUGAGUGCGCAGAUUGCACGGCUGGUGCUAUUUUUCAAAGCGAGUGAGGAUUUGGGCAGAACGGUGAGUGAGGAGGGGGGCGGGUGA